AUGCGGCUAGAUAUUGAUGGGUUGUCACCUCACGGACUAAGCUUUACACGCCGGUUUGUUCGUGGUAAGGAUUUCAAGUAUAUAAGUCCUGAUGUCGUGAACUUGAAUAAGAAUAAGAUAAUUAAUAAAGAUGUCGAGAAGGUGGUGAUCAAUGAGAAGUUGGGACCGAAGUCUAUGCUGGAGAAAUGGAUCAAUGAAGUCAUGAAAGGAUUGAAGCAGUUCUUCUAUCAAGGAUCGCUGCAUGGAGUUAAAUACAUCUUCGAACCUACAUUUGGAAACAAGGAAAAGGCAACAUGGGUGAUCAUCAUGUUCAUCAGCAUCUUCAUCUGUGCCGUGGUCAUCAUCCAGCUGUUCUGCAAGUGGACGUCCACACCUUUCGUCAAUGUCAUCGAUUCUGUGCCCACUCCUAUUUGGGCUGUGCCCUUCCCAACUGUGGUGAUUUGUCCACAUCUGCAUGUUAAGAUGUCUUAUGCUAAUGUUUCAGAGCUAGAAGGGUUACAGGAAUUCUUUGCUGCCAUGGUCUGCCCAAGGAUGACGAAAGAUAACAAAUAUUGGAGUACCCGUUUAGAUGAUAUGCAGUUUCAUAUGCUUUCGGAUUUCGUUGUUCAGGGAGCUCCCUCUUGUCCGGAAGUUGUGAAAGCCUGCAACUGGCCAGCUCUGCAUGAUACAAAGUGGGAGAUGGACAAAUGCUGUGAGCUGUUCCAGCCUAUUUUCACAAACUAUGGAUUGUGCUUCGCUUUUAAUAGUUUGCCACUAAAUGCUAUGACCAACGAUACCCUAGCUUGGCACAAGACCUACGAUGUGGAAGCGACACCAGCAGCUUUGAACUGGGGUUUAGACAUCGGGUACCCGAAAGUGUUUCCACCAAACCUAACGAUGAAGCCUCUAAGAGUUAUGGCGUCUGGAGAAGCCAAUGGCUUGGGUGUCGAACUGUUCCUGAACAAUACUGAACAUCAGUAUGCUUGUGAAGGAAAGAGCUUGGGAUUCACCAUACUUAUCAGCUCUCCAACCGACCACGUCUACACCAGCACCGUCCUCCGUCUACCGAUGGACAGGAUGACCACCAUCGAAGUCACUCCUCUCACUUACAAGACAGACUUCUCCCUCCGAGCCCUCUCACCGUACAGGAGGCAAUGCUUUUUCCAGAAUGAGAAACGUCUGCAAUAUUAUGAGUUCUAUACUGACAGUAAUUGCAAACAUGAUCUGUUAGUGCAGGAGGCUAGGAAGAAGUGCAACUGUGUGCUUUUUAAUUGGCCCAGGAAAUUCAUCUGGGAGCCAGUCUGUACUACGAAAGAUGAUUUCGAUUGCAUUAGCAGUGUUGAAGCAAAGGUGGAAGAACAACUUAUUUACGCAUACUAUGCUGAGAGCGAGGACGAGAGAGGAACAUCUCAGGCUCAGGAGUCUCAGUCUUGCCACCCAUCCUGUAAUGACGUCAUCUAUGCAAGCCAAGUGUUCUACUCCGACCUCACCAAGGAAAUGGAGAAUGGAUCUCAUAAAUGGGGACAUUUGAGACUAGGAGAAGUGACUCAGAUAAACGUCCAUUUUUACGACGACAUGUUUCUGGGACAGCACCGACACGCGCAAUAUGAUGAUUAUUACUUUGUUGGUGCCAUCGGCGGUCUACUCAGUCUUUUCCUGGGAUUCAGUAUAAUUAGCGUGGCUGAGCUCAUCUUCUUUGUUCUACUCAAACCCGCUUAUGUUAUUCUUAUAGAAUUUAAUCAAAAGUAA